AUGUGGUCGCGUCUGAGCUGGAAGGAUACACUCGUGCCGUAUGGUUUCAUAGCCAUGGCUUUUGUAAGAGCACAGUCGGCAGAACUUUCGGACUAUGUCCUUCCAUCGACUGGCUCCAUCAACGGUGGUAACACUUUCGAUGGUGUUGCCUUGCCAUUUGGCAUGGUGAAAUUAGGUGCGGACGUGUUUUCGGGGGUUGACAAUUAUUCUGGAAACUCGCCAUGGGGAAACUUCACUGGAUUCUCGAUGAUGCACGAGAGUGGAACUGGUGGAGCUCCAAAGUAUGGAGUUGUCUCACAAUUGCCUGUGCUAGGCGACAUUCCUAACCCUUUGGCAAACUUACAUGCCAUCAGAUCGGCUCCCGACAUUACCUCCCUAGGAUAUUUCAAAGCUUCAUUAGGCUCCAAUAUCACGGUCGAGCUCAGUGCUACAAGCCGCGCAGGGAUUUACCAAUACACGUUUCCCCCUGAAAAUACGCCGAACGUUAUUGUGGACGUAUCACAUGUCCUCCCAUCAUUCAGAGGACAAGGUCUUUCACAAAAUUAUCGCGGUGGCAACAUUACUACUUUGGAGGAUCAUUAUGAAGGAUAUGGCGUCUACGACAAUGGAUGGAAUAGAGCACCAGACUGGAAGAUAUAUUUCUGUGGAUAUUUCGACCAGCCAAUGGCCGCGACAACGUUCGUUGCGCAAGAUGAUGACGAAACUAUCAUUGCUGAUUAUAGCACUGCGCCUCAAGCUGUAUCAAAAACUCGCGUGGGCUCGGUGUUCACUUUCAACACCACAUCUGUAAUGUCUAGAGUCGGCAUCUCUUUCAUAUCUAGCUCACAGGCUUGUGAAAAUGUCAAUUCACAAAUUCCAAAUGGGGCGACAAUCGAGUCAGUCAGAGACAAUGCACGGAAGGUCUGGAACGAAGAAGUUCUUUCAAAAAUAACAACAACUGAGACGAAUGUGGAGAAUCUACAAUUGCUCUACAGCUCCAUAUAUCAUAUGCACUUGAUUCCCUCCAACAGGACAGGUGAGAACCCUCUGUGGUCUUCUGACGAGCCGUACUUCGACGAUACGUUCACAAUGUGGGAUCUCUUCAGAUGUACAACCUCACUUUGGCACGUAUUACAACCUGAUUUUCUAGAAGAAUACCUCAGGUCCUUCAUCGAUAUCUUUCGUUUUGAGGGCUACACCGGUGGCGCAAGGUCAUCAAACUACAACGGUGCCGUUCAAGGUGGGACGAGCGUAGACAACAUCCUCGCAGAUGCUUAUGUAAAAGGCGUUCGAGGAGUCAUCAAUUGGACGACAGCGUACGAAGCCAUGGUACAAAAUGCUGAAGUAGUCCCACUUCCCAACAACGACCCUCGAGACAUGUCUUCUUCCACAAAGGAGGGUAGAGGAGCUCUUUCUGACUGGCUUGAGCACGGCUUCAUUACUACCAAGUUUGGCCGAUCUGUAAGUCGAGCAGUGGAGUAUGCUGUCAACGACUUCUCUUUGGCCCAAGUUGCAGCUGGGCUUGGGAAACAGGAUGAUCUGGACAAGUACUUGGCGCGGAGUCGGCAGUGGCAGAACCACUGGAACCCAAAUGCCACUGCCCUGAACUUUACCGGCUUUCUAGUACCACGCACGAUCGAUGGUUUCAUCGAGCAGGACCCGUUGAGCUGUGGAGGUUGUUACUGGGCCGAUGCGUACUACCAGGCUUUACCAUGGGAAUACAGCCUCAACGCUCAUCAUGAUAUGAGUAGCCUCAUCACUCUUUGCGGCGGACCUGGAACAUUUCUGUCGCGUCUCGAAACGAGCUUCAAGCCUGGGAUCAAUACAUCUGGCCGUUCAGUGGCUUUCAACAACACGAUAAUCAACCCUGGGAACCAGCCGAGUUUUGCCACACCGUACCUGUUCAAUUACAUUAACCGACAGGAUUUGAGUGUCAAACAUAGUCGUUUCAUCGCGAAGAGUUACUAUUCUCCCACUCCAGGUGGUCUUCCUGGGAAUAGCGAUGCAGGUGCUAUGGAGUCUUGGUUGAUAUGGAACAUGUUGGGACUGUAUCCCAUGGUUGGACAAACAACUUUCCUCGUCGGAUCUCCGUGGUUUGCAAAUACCACCAUCUCCUUGGGAUUUGGCAAAGCCUUGACUGUCACAACAGUCAAUGCCUCAGAUACGUCUUUUUAUGUGCAGUCACUCUCACUCAAUGGCGAAAAUUGGACGAAAUCCUGGGUAACCUGGGAUGAUGUCUUUGCCAAUGGUGGGACUAUGAACUUUGUGCUGGGCCCUGAACCAAAAAACUGGGCGACUGGACCUCUUCCACCUACUCCUGCUAGUGAAUUCGGGAACUACAAUGUACCGACUUCGAUUCCCACACGACCAUUAGUGCCACCCGAAGAAGUUCCCGAAACAGUCCAAGGUGAUAGCCCGCAUGGAAAAUCUACCAAGUGGAGAAAUGUAGGACUGGGAGUCAUGGGCGCCGUUUUUUUCCUGCUGGGCGGUGUAACAGUCGCAACAUGGUGGCUGAGGAGGAGGAGGAGGAUAUUUGAAGCAGUUGAGCUGUCGAAAGAGAGCGAAUCUGAUGGAUCUAGCGCAGCAGUGGUCUCUUAA